AUAGACACGAAAAUAUUUUAACUGUCAUAGAAAAAAAAAUGUGAAAAAAAAAAUUUCGAUAAAUUUGAAGUAUUUGUUUUUUUUUUUUUUGAGAAGAUUUCUAGUGUACAAAGAAUAAUGUUUUGAUAAUUGAUAAGUAUUUAUGAUAUAUAAUGGCUAAUAAAACAGCAAAAUUUGAAAAACUAGUCGUGUGUGCCCUGAAAAAGUUGCAAGAUCUCCAAGGAUCCUCGCCAAAAGAAAUAACAGACUAUUUAUCGCAAGAGUAUGACGUACCGUCUAAAGAAAUAAGAAAACAAGUUCGUUUAGCACUUCGUCGUGGUGUUUCUUAUGGAAUAUUACAGCGAAAUAGCGGGGGAACUUAUGUAUGCAAUAAAGAGUUUAUAAAAGAUCCUAACAGCACUGAAGUGACAGAACCGUGUCCUUGGAUGAAAUUCGGUCGGAAAUCAAAAUCCUCUGGCAAAAGCUCUGGUCGGAAGGGCCGGAAAAAGUCUAAAUCUAAAUCUAAAUCCAGAUCCAAAAAAUCGCGGUCCAAAAAAGGCCGCAGGCGCGGGAAGAAGGCGAAAAAAGGGAAAAGUCUUAAAGGUCACAAAGCUCGGAAGACUAAGAAAGGCAGAAAAAAGUCAGAAAGCUGUUUAGUUUACCUACGAGUCGACAAAAAUAAAUUAGCCCGUAAAAAAAGUAAAACAAAAAAACGGAGUCGUAGUCAAAAAAGAAAAUCUCCAGGUUGUUGAUAUUUUUUUGAUACUUUUUAUUAUUUUUUGGAUAAAUAUUAACUAUAUAAAAUUAAUACGGCCCUGUGGUGGCCUUGCUGCCUAAUGAUAGUCUUGUUAAUAAUGCGUUUUGUAGAUGCGUACUUUUUAUAUACAAAUAUAUACACAUAUACAAAAUAAAAUAAUUAUGU